AUGGCCAGCUUCGUCGACAUCUUCCGCGCGUCGGCGCCGUUCGCAGCCAUCAUCACGAGCUUCCAGGACGGCCUGUAUGAAGACAUUGUCGCGUACAUUGCUACGUUUCGCCGCCACGCGUGUGAGCAUCCGCGCAGCACCAAGCAGCGACCGCUCGCGCAUGAAGCGACCAUCUACCCGAGCCGCCUCCUGCCCCGCGCGUCGCUCGACAUGGACUGCGUCGACCUCUUCUUGCAGACCGGUGACAUUGGUCGGCAAGCGUUUACAGCGCCGAUCCACUUUGCUGUCGCGAUGGGCCAUACCGAGAUCGUGCUUCGGGCACUGGCCUGUCGCCCGCGACGACUCUCGGUCGAGCUCAUUGCGUGCGCACUGGCCCAUGCCCGCGUGGACCUGGCCAAGCACUUGCUGGCGAACAUGGACAGCUUGGACGCGACCCGCGUGCCCCGCUCGCGGACGACGACGGUCGAGGCGC